AUGGAGAGAGGUUCUUCCCUUGACAGUCCGCAAGAAGAUCGCGUGCCGGCUGCGGCAGGAGCCAACGUGCUGAGUUGGGUGCUUUCUGGCCUCAGCGCCGUCUACUUGGCACAGUUCGCGUCCUUCUACUGCCAGUGCCCUGGCCUCAUUGGCUCCUCUGGGCUUCAGCCUUUGGUAGCCCGGCCAGAGGAUGUGGACCGUACUUGGCUGCUGCAUUUCUUCAGCUCGCCGGAGCUCGGCGUGGAGGCCUUGGCCCUGGCUGGGACAGUGCUUGCAGCUCUGCAGCUGGCAAUGCCCCAGGCCAUGCUGCGGCACGGACCGGCUGGGGCCAUGAUCUUUGCCUGUCUCUGGUGGUGCUGGCACGACCUUGUGAUAGCUGGUGGGCGCUUCACCUGCUAUCAGAUGGAUGUCAUCGUCCUGGACGCUGCGCCGUUGACUAUUCUGGCCGCACUAGGACUGGAGACGCAGGCCACCAUUUUUGGUCUGCGAUGGCUCCUCUUACGUCUCUACCUGGGUGGAGGGGCCGUAAAGUUGCUCAGCUGCGACGAGAGUUGGCGGAACCUCUCCGCCCUCCACUGGCACUUUCAGUCUCAGCCCUUGCCGAACUCCUUGGGGAACGCUGCCCACCUCUUCAUGCCCGACUCGAUCAGCCAUGCGUCGACGCUGUUUGCCCUCGUCGUGGAGAUCGGCCUGGCUUUCCUCUUCCUCGCCCCGGCCGCCGACGUCCGGCGGAUCGCCUUUGCCCUGCAGACCGCUCUGCAGGGAGGCAUCGUGCUGGCCGGGAAUUUUGGCAGCUUCAACUUCAUGACAGUGAUCAUCGCCUUAUCGCUGCUUGAGGAUGAAGAUUUGCCCCCUGCACCCACCUUGGCCACGCGGAGCAGCGGUCAG